AUGAGCUACGUCGCCAAGGACAAGGAUGUCGAUGCCCCUGUGGCCCCUGUGAAGCUUCACAAGAUCCGCAUCACUCUCACGUCGCGUAACGUGAAGAGCCUCGAGAAGAUGUGCAGCGACCUUGUGAACCGUUCGAAGGACAAGAAGCUUCACGUCAAGGGUCCCGUGCGUCUUCCGACCAAGGUGUUGACGCACACUACCCGCAAGUCGCCUUGCGGUGAGGGUUCGAAGACCUGGGACCACUACGAGCUUCGCAUCCACAAGCGUCUGAUUGACCUGCACUCGCCCAGCGAGGUGGUCAAGCAGAUCACUUCCACUGCCCUUGAGCCGGGUGUGGAUGUCGAGAUCACCAUCCUGUCGAACUAA